GGCCCCAGCCCAGCGCUCUCCUUGCCCUCCUCCCCUUAACCACCCCCGGUUUCUGCGGUCGGGGCUCGGGGCCGGGCGAAUGAUGCCGUCGGAGAGCAGAGCUGAGCGCCUGGAGGGGGCGGCUGCGCAGGUGGGGACGGCCGCGGCCUCGACAGUGGCCACGGCUGCCCCGGCUACCCCGGCAGGCGGCGGCCCCGACCCGGAGGCCUCAUCAAACUCCCCCAGGCACCUGAGCAGGCUGGCUUGGCCACAGGUGAAGCGGCUGGACGCGCUCCUGAGCGAGCCGAUUCCCAUUCACGGGCGCGGCAACUUCCCCACGCUGAGCGUGCAGCCCCGGCAGAUAGUGCAGGUGGUCCGAAGCAGCCURGAGGAGCAAGGACUCCGCGUGCACAGUGUGCGACUGCACGGCUCAGCCGCUAGCCACGUGCUGCACCCUGAAAGUGGCCUGGGCUACAAGGACCUGGACCUGGUGUUCAGGGUGGACCUGCAUAGUGAGGCAUCCUUCCAGCUGACCAAGGCAGUGGUGCUGGCCUGCCUGUUGGACUUCCUGCCAGCCGGCGUGAGCCGGGCCAAGAUUACACCACUCACACUCAAGGAAGCGUACGUGCAGAAGCUGGUGAAGGUGUGCACAGACACAGACCGCUGGAGCCUCAUCUCGCUGUCCAAUAAGAGUGGCAAGAAUGUGGAGCUCAAGUUCGUGGACUCUGUGAGGCGACAGUUCGAGUUCAGCGUCGACUCCUUCCAGAUAAUCCUAGACUCCCUCCUGUUCUUUGGCCAGUGCUCAUCCACCCCCAUGUCUGAGGCCUUCCAUCCAACUGUGACAGGUGAAAGUCUGUAUGGGGACUUUGCAGAGGCCCUGGAGCACCUACGGCACCGUGUCAUCGCCACACGCAGCCCUGAGGAGAUCCGUGGCGGUGGCCUCCUCAAGUACUGUCACCUCCUGGUGCGGGGUUUCCGGCCACAGCCCAGCACUGAUGUGCGUGCCCUACAACGGUACAUGUGCUCCCGCUUCUUCAUCGACUUUCCCGACCUGGUGGAGCAGCAGCGCACGCUGGAGCGCUACCUGGAAGCUCACUUCGGCGGGGCCGAUGCAGCCCGCCGCUAUGCCUGCUUGGUGACACUGCACCAGGUGGUCAACGAAAGCACCGUGUGCCUCAUGAACCAUGAACGCCGCCAGACACUGGACCUCAUUGCCACGCUGGCACUCCAGGCACUGGCUGAGCAGGGCCCAGCUGCCACUGCUGCUCUGGCCUGGCGCCCUCCAGGCCAUGAUGGGAUUAUGCCAGCCACCGUCAACUACUACGUGACCCCUGUGCAGCCCCUACUGGCUCGGGCCCACUCCUAUCCCACCUGGCUGCCUUGUAACUGACUAUGACCCUGGCCAGAAGGGACUGGGCCUCAUGGGCUGGGGUGGGGUCACCAGGACUAUGUGGAGGAAAUGGCGAGAGAYGA